AUGGAUAAUUUAAAACUUCUGGUCACCCAGAUGGCCCUGGAUAAACGCUGUGUAGCAAGACCGAAAAGAAAAGAACUGAAUGAUUUGCAAAUGCGGGUGCUGUCGGCACUAAAUAGAAUGCAGAAGGAGCAAAACUGGAUGUUUAGCAAGCCUGUUGUCUACUUCAGGGAAGAGAAUUGGUUAGGAAUUCACAUCAGCCAAAAGAAGCCUCUGGUGGCCUUGAAUAAAAAUGACGUGGGAUCAGUAGAGAAACUUUCUCUGCGUAAACAGCGGUUCAUGCUGUUUUCCUCCCUGGAGCAUGAGGGAGAGUAUUACAUGACGCCCCGGGACUUCCUCUUCUCAGUCAUGUUUGAGCAGGUGGAGCGUAAAACACAAGUCAAGAAGCUGGCGAGGAAGGAUAUCGAGGAUGUACUAUCAGGAAUCAAAACAGCACGCUGUGGAUCAACUUUUUUUAGAGACCUGGGUGAUAAAGGGCUAAUUUCGUAUACCGAGUAUCUUUUCUUACUUACAAUCCUCACGAGUAAGUAUACUGCUUCUCUGUACAACAGUUAUGUGGAGUUCUCAUUCUUAACAAGCAGGACUUGAAA